UAAAUUAUCGGUAGGUUGAAGGUUGGGAACGUCUCUGUUGAGACACCAGUUUCCAGUUGCGCCGUUCUGUCCGACAGCUGUCAACUUCACAAGAAAUGUCAUGUUAACGACAUGUUUUCACCAAAAGUUGUCAGCUAACAGUCCGUCCCUGGUCGUUUGACCGUCGUUCAACACCAACGCAGCCUGUACGAAAUGACUUGUCAGUUUAAGACGUUCGCCCAGAUCGCCGACCUGGACAACGUUAUCAAAUGUCUCUAUUCGAACGACACCUCUGACACAGAAGAUUUUGAUGAUGACUCUUGGAACUGGAGUGUUGAUGGCAUUACAAAGCCUAAAAAUAAAGAAAACUGGUUGGAUGAAUGUUUUGUGUCGUUGUCGCCCACAAGUGAAGUUUUGGCACUGGCAAGAGACAGAAAUUUGCUCAUACUUAAAGGCAAAUGGGUUUCUAAUGAAGAAAGUGACAUUAAAAUUAAGUACACAAGUUUUUGGAAUGGAGACAUAAGAGAGCAAUUCACUGAGAGGAUAACAUCAGUGCUGUGUUUACCUGUGGCUGGACAAGGCAAAUUAAGUGCACACUGUGGUGCGGAUUGGACUGCGAUUGCUGUUGGAUUCUCCUCUGGGUUUGUGAGAUUUUAUACUGAGAGAGGAGGCGUUUUACUUUCUGAAAUACUUCAUGAUGAGCCAGUUGUUUCUCUCAAGUUCCAAAGUUAUCAGCCAGCGUUCGGUCCCAAUAUGUCAUCCCAAGUAGAGGAGUUACAUGUAUCUUAUGGAAAGGUCGUGUGUUGUGUUCAAGGUUUUGCCCUUUGCAAUACUUUAAAAGCAUGCAGAAAUCAGCUUGCUAGAGUUCAAGCAAAAUGUGGGGAAAGAAUUGAUGCACCUCCUCUGGACCAUGUAAAAUGGAGUUUGCCAGAGCAAGAGGUGGUUUCCGAUGUCUGUGUCUUGGGUUCAAGCUCUGCGAACAUGUUCACCCAUCUAACAACAGCCUCUGUACGGGGUGGGUAUACUGCAUUGUACAGAAAUGGCCCCCCACAAAUAUCGACUAUUCUUGCUGCUGGCAGUUCACCAUAUUUUGCAUGGCAUUGUAUCACAGAAGGGACAACUGGACCUGUCCUUUCAGAUGUGGCUAAGGCUGUUGCUUCAAAAUUGAAAUCGGCAAUUGGCAGUGCUGUCCCGACUUGGUUAGUUGGUAGUAAGAGGGUUGAAGAAAAGUCUAAAGAAAAACCACCCAUCGAGCCUCCAGAGUCCAUGUCUUGCAGAUAUGGUCUGUGCGAUAAACUCCGGAAAGGUGAGAGGGUUUAUAUUUCUCCCCAAAAGAACUUGAGUGCUGUUUGUGAUGCACUUGGCAGAGUAAUCCUGGUGGAUAACUCAUCUGGAUUAGCCCUUAGGAUGUGGAAGGGAUAUAGAGAUGCCCAAUGUAGUUUUUUGUCUAUUGAUGAGGAUGAAGACAAUAUAUUAUCAUGUAGAAAAGCUUUGUGUCUAGCCAUUUAUGCUCCAAAAAAAGGAAUUGUUGAGGUCUGGGCUCUUCAACAAGGGCCAAAAUUAGUAACGUUUCAAGCCUCAAAAAAUGGACGAUUACUUUACAUUAAAUAUGGUCUUAUGGGCACUAACAGUAUUUCUAUGAAAACCGCAAAUAUUAGUCAGCACCCAUCUGUGUUUUUAGAUAAUAAGGGGGAAAUCACUAAGAUAAUAAUACCGUUUCAUGCAAUUUUGAGCACCCAAAAUAAUGUAAAAUCGAAAGAUGCCCAUAUUUUGAGACACAUAAAGCGAUUGCUUCUCUCGAAGAGAGAAAUUCAUUCAAAAGAAUGUCUUGAUUUCUGUGAUCAGCUCACUACAGAUGAAGUUCGUCUUCAAGUGCUUGAGUCAGCCAUGUUGUCCAAAAAUAUGUCUCCAGAACUGAUGCAAUCUAUAAUUGACAUUUUUUUGGAAAAAGUUACUCCUUCAGAGACAGAGGGAGAUAUGGAAAUUGAUACCAAGGGCUGGCUUGCUUGUUGUAAUUUACAAAAACUGGUAAAUUUCUACAUGACUACUGUAAAUCUUUUAGACGCCCCUCCUGAGUACAACACAGUUGUUCCUGAGUCACCGACAGAAGAUGAAAAGGAACUUUCAAGGAUGCUGCGUCUUUCUGAAACUGACAUCCAAAAAGUAUUUUCUAUGACAAAUUUUCCUCUUAGUCGAGCAAAAAUGGUAGUACAUUUUAAACACAAAGAAGACAGGUUUCCAAUAUUCCUCCAUAGCUUUUUGCAUUCAUAUCAGAAGGAACCACCUCUACCAUUUUCACCAAAAACCUCUGUUGAUGAUUUAGCCGUAAUAGGAGAAGUCCUAUGUCAUUGUGUUCUAUAUGGUAGUUUAUCUAUCUGUGAAUGGAAAGAAUAUGUUGAAAACAGUGGGAUUGAAUUAGAAUCAUUAAUGUAUGCCACGGUUAGUUACUGGCUUAAAAAACCAUUAGGAGAAAAUAUAAGAUCUGAAAUAUGCCUUUUCAUGCAAAUUCUUCAAGCCAUCACAUCUCUAGUUGCUUUGAAAGACACUCUUCAUUGGUGGAACAAAGUUAGAAGUUGCAUUGUUGAAAGUCAGAAUUUAAACAAUGCUCUAACAAUGACAGUGAUAGCACGAGCAGUGUAUUUAUCUACUGAAGAGAAGGCGUCAGAUGAUGAUGGAGACUGGGAAAUUUUAUCGAGAGAAUCAUGUUUAUGGGCUCAGCUGAUGAGUCAAGUUGAGGCAGUAGCGGUUUUGCAUUCAGUCCUCAGUUGCAAACCCAAAUUGAAGCUGACACAAAACAAUGUACCCUCGCUUGACUUUACAAAACCAGAUAUAUCACUUUAUAAUAUCCUUACAAAAGGCCCUGGUUUGGUAGCUGAAUCAGUUGCUAAGUGGGUCAGUUCUUGUGGAUUUCCACCAGAAUGGCUCGUCAAGGCUGCAACUCCUACUGAGGCAGAGGCUUUAGUAAAUAAUACAAACACUUUCACUGGAGUGAGUGAGGGAUUUCGUCCAGCAGUUGAGGAAUCUGAAGAAGCGAAAACAACAACUGAAUACGAACAAGGACUGUUAGACCAAUUUUCACACUUAAGGGAAUAUUUUCCUUAUAGUUUAGCAACAGGGCCUUUAUUAGCAAAUGUAACCUGUGAAUAUUUAUUGACGUGGGUUAAAAACCCCGACAAUACAGAAUUGCUUGCAACAGCACUACAUUUUCUAAAAUCCAUCACUUCACACCUUUUACAGCUGGGAUUAUGCUCCAUAAUAUGGAAUGUUCAUUUGAAGAUUCAUUUUGAAAAUUCCGUGAAAUUAUUGCACAAAAUAGGCAAACUUCCAAAGGAAAGGCUUUGCAAACAGCAUCUCAACAUGAGUGACAAAAACGUUAAACAUUUUCUUAAAUAUCUUUUAGAAUAUUUUGAAAUUUAUAUAGAGGCUUAUUUGUCCAGCACAAAUUUAGACUACAAUGAUGAAAAACACCUUGUCUCACGCGAAGGAUUGUGGACUUCGGAAACUCAACCAUCUCUUGCUGAAAUAGCAAUUGCUCAAGGAAAGCCAAAUUUGAAGAUUGUAAACAUUCAGAAACAAUGUGCAAAAGCACUCUGGUUCUUAGCAUCUUUUCCAAUCCGUCAGUUUAAGCCUGUCACAACUUUAUUUCACUCUAUUGAAGAGACUUACCUUUGGGUAGACAUAAAAUCAAAAGCAAACAUCAUGAGUCCGAGCCCAGAUCCAAAAAUCGAGGAAGCAAGAACUUCAUUUUUGAUCAAAGUUAUAAAAUCAGCUAUUGAAACCAACCUUUCUGAAGAUGGAGUACCUAAUGUGCAAGAAAUUAUGGUGUGGAUUGGCCAUUGUUUCUCUCUUGCAAAUGACUGGGCAUUACCAGCUGAGCCACUUAGGAUUCAGCAAGUUGUCAACUUGUACAACAAUAACUGUGAUACAUUGGCGAGAGAGGUGGUAUCUUCUGUGACUGAAAAAGAAACUUUGGGAUCUUUGUUGCUUGUGCUAGUGGGCGAAAGAAUGAAAACUAUUCUCAACAAUUCUAGCAAACUUGUGAAAGAGAGAAUAGCAAACUUAAGCCCUUCGUUGACUACUUGGAUAGGAAAUCAGGCCGAGGCAAAAGGGGUUUGUGAUAUAAAAGAUAUCUCACAGCUAGCUACUCUGGUCAUUAACCUGUUGCCAGAAUCUAGUCCUGAUUAUAAAUUUGCUAUGCUGUUAGCAGAGGCUCUUCAACCUUUAGCAGAUUAAAAUAAAAUAUGGGUGAGUGUAAAUGAUAAAACUAUUGGUCUACUAAAGUUAAAAAGAACAAAAUAAGGUCUUAUGGUUUUAGCUUGUGCCAAUCAUUUCAUCUCUUUAACAUGAAUUUCAACAAAUAUAAUAAUGCCUAUUUCUAGCUUCCAAAUAAUUAUUCUUAAAUAUUUCCUGUCUUACAUAAAAAUGAAUAAUACAACAAUAUUAAAUAGUUUCUCGAGAAAUUUUAAUGAAAUAUUGUCAACAGUUUUGUCCUCAUAGAAAUACUUGUUGUUAUAAUUUAGGAAAUGGAAUCAUCCAAAAUUUAUUUUCAUACAUCUCAAGAUUUGUAAAUACAGUUAACAUUAGCUGUUAUAAAUAAAUAUAUUAGAGAGAUAUUUAUUUAUAUAAUCAACCAAAGUUAAAUUUUAUAUUUAAAAAGAGGUACUGUUUCAAUGUUAUAGAAUAAAUGUGUUUAUCAAAAUUUUUAAUUUAUGUAAAUAAACAGUUUAUUGUUGA